AAUCUGUAAAAAACCAACUAUGGUUAUAGAAAAUAGUGUUUCUUUUAUGUUGUUAAAUAUUAAAGAAUUUUAAGGUAUUCCAAGUUAAAGCCUUUCCCUUUUACAAGUCCCAUUAGCAGUGAUGAAGUUCUUUCAUCUCUAUUGAAAUUAAAGUAUUCCAAGUUAAAGCUUUCCCCUUUUCAUCUUCAUCUCAUAUUUUCACUCUUGCUCUCGUCUUUUCAAUUUGCUUUCACUUUCUCUUACUUUAUUAUGUUUCCAAUCCUUCAUCUCUGCAACUUUCUUCACUCUUCUUUUCCAUUGUUAGCAAUUACUUCCUUUAAACCUUUCUUUGCAAAACAAAAAGCAAAAAAAAAAAAAAACAUGGCUAUUGUACGGUGAAGCUUUUCUCUCUGAUUCCAUUGAGGUGCUGCUUGAUAGGAUUGUUUCUGGGGAUGUUCUGAGGCUUAUCAAAGGAAAGAAACUUGAACCUUUGCUGCUGAAGAAACUGAAGCCAACCUUGAUGUCGGUGAAAGCAGUGUUGGAUGAUGCUAAAAAUAAGCAGAUUACCAACCCAAAUGUCAAAAGUUGGACUGAUGAGCUCAAAGAUGCUGUUUAUGAUGCCGACGACCUCCUGGACGAGAUCUCUACUGAAGCUCUUCGGAACAAGAUCGAAUCCGAAUAUCAAACUACUCCUAUGAAGCAGGUUAGUAGCUUUUUCUCUUCUUUCUAUCCUUUCAAAGAUGGGAUGCAGUCAAAGCUGGAGGAGAUCCUUGGGACACUAGACAACCUACUCAACCAAAAACAGAUUCUGGGUCUGAAAGAAAGCUAUAAAGGAGAAAAGGCAUUUCAAAUAACGCCUGCAACUUCUUUGGUGGACGAAUCUGAUGUUUAUGGCAGAGAUGAUGAAAAAGAAGAAAUAAUGAAGUUGUUGGAUCCUCAAAAUCUGUCUGAAAAUCAGAUAGCUGUGAUUCCCAUUGCGGGUAUGGGCGGGCUUGGCAAAACCACCCUUGCCCAAUUGAUCUACAACGACCCCAUAGCGGAUAAAUGGUUUGACCGCAAAGCAUGGGUGUGUAUUUCAGAGGAAUUUGAUGCUUUCAAGGUAACCAAAACCAUUCUUGAAGAGAUCAAAUGUAGCUGUGAUGGAAACCAGAACUUAAAUCAGCUUCAACUUAAACUCAAAGAGCAGCUGUCCGGAAAGAAAUAUCUAAUCAUUUUGGAUGAUGUUUGGAACAAGAAUUAUUUUCAUUGGAAAGAGCUUGCAAGUCCCUUCACUUUUGGGGCCAAGAAUAGUAAGAUUAUUGUAACAACACGUGAUGAAAACGUUGCAGUAAUCAUGAGGAACGCUCCAACUUAUCGUUUAGAUGUGUUAUCAGAUGAUGAUUGUUGGAAGUUAUUUGCAAAGCAUGCAUUUGAUGGUUCAAGCCCCACCAAGCAUCCAGAUCUGAUGGCAAUCGGGGAAGCAAUUGUUAAAAGAUGUGGCGGUCUCCCUUUGGCUGCAAAAGUUCUUGGAGGUCUUCUGCGUUGCAAACCAGAUGCUGAUGAGUGCAACAAAAUUUUACAUAGCAAUUUUUGGGACAUUCCAAAUGAUGCAACUAAUAAUAUACUUCCAGCGUUAACAUUGAGUUACCAUUAUCUUCCUUCCCAUUUGAAGCGAUGUUUUGCUUAUUGUUCAAUUUCCCCUAAAGAUUACGAAUUUGAAAAGGAAGAACUUAUUCAAUUAUGGAUGGCUGAAGGUCUUUUAGAGCUUCCCAAAGACAAUGGAGAUCUGGAAGAACGGGGUAACGAGUACUUCAAAGAUUUAAGAUUGAGGUCAUUCUUUCAACAAUCUAAAGGAAAGAAAUCUUGUUUUGUCAUGCAUGAUCUAAUUAGUGACUUGGCUAAAUCUGUAACCCGAGAGUUCAUUUGCUGAUUGGAAGGUAGUGGUGGUGGUUCUUGUGUAAUAACUGAAAAGACCCAUCAUAUGUCCAAUGUCCAAGAACCAUAUGAUGUGCGGCAAAAAAUUCAAAGUUUAGCUAAAGCAAAGGGUCUGCGUACUUUCUUAAAUACAAAUCCGGUCUGGUACUGCUCAUUUGUCAGUGAUGUCCUAAUGCAUGAUUUGAUGGUGAAAUCAAGCUUACGAGUGCUUUCAUUGGCUGAGUAUAGAGAUAUCAAGAAUUUGCCAGAAGAUAUUGGUAAUUUGAAGCAUCUACGAAAUUUGAAUCUCUCAAGAACUAAAAUUAAAAGGUUGCCAAACUCUUUGUGUACAUUGUAUAAUUUGCAAGCAUUAAAAUUGCGUGGAUGCAGCGACCUUGAUGAGCUGCUGAGAGACAUGGAGAGAUUGAUCAACAUGCUAUAUCUUGAUACCAAGGGAACAAAGUUAGCAAGGAUGCCAGAAGGAAUGGGUAGGUUGAAAGAUUUUCAAAUAGUAACAGAUUUUGUUUUAGGCUGUCAAACUGGAUCAAGAAUUAAUGAGUUGGGAAAACUCAAGCAUUUACGUGGAAGACUUUCCAUUUUAGGACUAAAAAAUGUUGCAAGUGCCAUGGAUGCCAAAGAUGCCAAUUUGAAGGAUAAGGUGGACUUUAAAAAGUUGAAGUUGAGAUGGGGUAAAGAUGAUGAUAUUGAUGGUUGUACAAGCCCAAUUUUGGGCCCAAAAUAGAAGCCCAAACCCACCUAACCCUAAACCACUUGCCUCCACUUGCACUGCCUCCGUCCCAUCGUCCCAUCACUUGCAAGACAAAAAUAGAGAGCAGAAACACGCAAUAGCAGCAAAAAGAAGCAAAAGAUAAUGAAAAAUGAUAUAUUUCGACUUUAUAGAGAGAAAAUUCAUGUGCCUCUUCAUUCUUUCGACUUUCUCUAUAUGGGGCAUGGAAGUUAUUGGGCCGAUCUAGUCGAAGGCUUCCAGCAGGCAUCAAUUACUUCGCCAAAAGGGUGAAAGUCGCUUCAUAUGCCAAUCAUCAAAUCCUAAAAGAAGAAGAAGAUCAUGGAAAGAUGAUUGAGGCUUGUAAAGAUCGGCAUAAGAAGUCAUCAUGUACCCUCUAUGCUCAUCGAAUGUCGGCUAGGACCUUAGCUGGGGCAACACAUUGCUCGUUGGUUUAUAGGAUAGAAUCGGUUUUGAAGAUGAAAUUCAUUUUCUCUGAGUCUCGUCAGAGCUGAAGUUAGAUAAGGCAGAAUGGAUCCAAUCCUCUGAUAGGAUCAAUUAAA